GCAGACAUGCAGUUCAAAGUCCUGCCUUUCAGGUCAGUUAAGUCUCAGCCUCUGUCAUGUCCCGCAGUAGCUGGGCAGAGUUACCAGCAGCUCGCCAUCUCUCAGCAUGGACCAAGGAACCAUCCUGGUAAGGUUCCUCAGGCAGGUACACAACAAAGAGGAGACAAUCUCGGGGGAGUUUCUGAGAUUGAAAAGGCAGUCAGUAAAAAACAGGAAUGAUAAAGUCUACCCAACGGGUCAUGCAGAGAAGAAAGAAAACAUCAAGAAAAAUCGUUACAAAGACAUUGUACCCUUUGAUCACAGCCGAGUGCAGCUGUCGCUGAUCAUUUCCGACAGUGAUUCUGAUUAUAUCAAUGCCAAUUUCAUCAAGGGAGUGUAUGGACCAAAAGCUUAUAUAGCAACACAAGGUCCUUUGCCCCAUACAGUGACGGACUUCUGGAGGAUGCUGUGGGAAUAUAAUGUCCUGGUCAUAGUCAUGGCGUGUCGUGUGAUUGAAAUGGGGCGGAAAAAAUGUGAGCAAUACUGGACAGGCAUGGGGGAGGAUCCAUACCGUAACGGUCCUUUCUGUGUUACCUGUGAAGAAGAGAAGACUAAACCAGAAUAUGUCAUCAGAACAUUGAAAGUUCAAUUUCAAAAGAUCUGUCGGACUGUGUAUCAGCUUCACUAUAUCAACUGGCCAGAUCAUGACAUUCCAUCUUCAAUCGACCCCAUCUUGGAGUUGAUCAGAGACAUGAGGCAUUAUCAACCACACGAUGACAAUCCCAUCUGUAUCCACUGCAGUGCUGGCUGUGGAAGGACCGGUGUGAUCUGUGCUAUUGAUUAUACCUGGAAGCUGCUGAAGGAUGGGAUUAUUCCAGAAAAUUUCAGCAUUUAUGACCUGAUUCAAGAAAUGAGAACACAGAGACCAUCAAUUGUACAAACCAAGGAACAGUAUGAGCUGGUCUACAGUGCAAUCAGUGCUCUGUUUGAGAAGCAGCUAGAAUUCCUAAACACCAACGCAACUUUCCAGGAAGAUGAGAUUAUUGAGCCCUCUGUGCAAUUAGAGAGACCUCAGCAGCCGUCAAAAUCCAUUCCUUUUUCAACAAACUCAUCACGUCACAGUUCACCAAAAGAGGAGAGGAGUUUGCGAAACAUGGCACAAGAGAUCACUGAUUUACAAUCAUCAGAACAACACAACCAGUUGGAUUUCGGCUUCCUUGGAAAUGAUCAAGCUUGUGGAUUAAUCACAGAUUUGAAUAGGAGUAAUUGUAGCAAAGUCUCUCAGUCACCCGAGGACGUGUCCCCCUGCAUUACUAGAUGUCCUCCAGAGAUAUGGCCCGAUAGGCAGCUGAGUUUGAACAAUGUUGGGACAUUAUGGGGAGAAGUGUCCCAGGACUCAGCAAGACAGAUGCAGGAGACAAAAGAGUUUACAAGCAAGACCUGUUUGACCAGGGCAAAGUCGAAUCCCUUUACAGCCAUGAACCAGGAUCUUGAACACCACACAGAAUCGCUUCAAGUUAAGCAAUACAACUUCUUUUCUUCUUUGGAAGAUCUACUGAAUGCCUCUUUCAGUGGCUCUUCCUCAUCCAGAUCAAACAGUUUACCACCAGCUGGAAAGACCUGGAACUCCUGUCACUGGGAAUCUGCUCAGGAAGGGAAUGCCAACAUUCUUGAAGACCCAGAGGAGCAACACUGUAUGCAUUUUGCUUCCCCUGCUCACUUCCCAUCCACUUAUUUCACAGAAGAUCCUUACUUCUCACCUCCCAACUCAGUGCAGCUCCAGGAGAAUAGCCUUUCAUGCCCGGAUUCCCCCUGCCGUUACCUUGAAAAUCUGAUCCCAGUCCAGAGUCGGUAUGACAACGAUUACAGCGAGCUGCCACUAUUCCCCAGAUACAUGGAAUCGGCUCUGAGCCAGCCACUGGAGAAAGCAGAACAUCAUCACAGUGCUCUUGAAGUAAAGGAAAAUCAUUCCGAUGAAGAAACUCCUCCUCCACUGCCAGAGAGAACUCCAGAAUCCUACAUGCUCCCAGACAAUGCCGAUCCAGUGCCAAUUCCUUCAGCAACUCGGAAAAUUGGAUCAUCUUCAGAAUGGAGUGGAUCUACACAGCCCAGGACCUUCGUGGAAUCCAAAAACGUGAAGACACGGAGUAAGAGUUUAAAGUUGAGAGCCUUUAGAUUGGAAAGAAAGUGUGACUCGUUAUCGCUUCCAAAUGCAAUCACCUUACCUCAAUCUGGACCAUCUUCAUCACCUGAGACCGACAACUCUAGAUCAGUAGCCGAUUCCAACAAGCCCUUUGCAAGGACCAAGAGUUUGAAAAUUCUCCGAAGUAUGAAGAAGACCAUAACCAGUGCUCCUGCACUGUCCAAGACUUCAGAGACUGAACCAAGCACAGAACACACUCGCUCAUUUCUGAACUUUGGAUUUAAGAACCGCUUUGUGAAAACCAAAGGACCAAGAAAUCCUCCUGAAGACUGGGUCUGAAACAGCGUCCUCUGAGAAAUACUCACACGCCCUGAAACCAAAUGGGACAAUACUCAUUUCUUGGGAUCAGGCUCAUUUUCUGAUUUAUUGGGUCUUCCAGGGGAUGCAUAAUUGUUCUCAAAAAGGAAAGAAAAGGACUCUUCCUCCCCUUCAAACGGACUGAGUGAGAUCAUAUUCUCUGAAAUGGUGCAUUUCCAAGCUUUGUUUCCCCACAGUUUCACACGUUGAAUUCCCGAACAAAGAAGGAUUCUGAUUCUGUGCCUCAUUCAGGAACAGUUUCAAUAACUCAGGAUCACAAUCAGAUCUAUUUACAUAGUUGAACCUUAUAAACAUGAACUGUUGCACCUUUUUAAAGAUCUAAGGCCUCAUUUGUGCUCCUCCUCUGUAGAAGCACUUGUGCAUGAUUAAGGAAAUAAUCAGUCACACACUGAAAUCAGGAUGGGUUUGUGCAUGUGCAUGUGUGUAUGGCAAAAAUGCGGUGAAUGCCAGGCUUACAGUCGCAGAUUUAAUCCUUUCCUACUGACUGGCACUGUCUUUAUCUACCAUUUGUAUAUUUUCAAUGGGUUUGGAGAUGAAUUUAUAAUGAAUAUAUUUAAAAUCCAAAGUUUUAGUGAAA